AUGUCACAGUCCCAAAGCUUGGACGAAGACACCGAUAUGGCCAUUUCAUACGCAAGCCGGCCACCGACUGGCCACUCGCAAACGCUGCCGUCAUUCCGAGAGCUUCUCCCUCCACACCUCCACGAUGAAAUCGAGUCGACAUCCUAUUACACGUCACCGCGGCAUCAGUCACAGGAGCGCCCGGGAUCAGGCCACGAGAUGGCCGACCCGCGGUCUAUCCCGGGGUAUCCGUCUCCUGCGCCACCAAAGAUGGCAUAUGGGGAGACACACCGCGAAUAUACCGUAUCGCGACCAGGCGACCAGCGGCCCAUGGAGCAGGGCCAUCUGCCCAUGCGAUUGUCCGAAGGAGCCUCGCGAGGCCCGAGCCCGAUCCUGCCGCCGAUCCGCGACCUGCAAUCCGUGUCCGAGCGAGGCAUGACCACGCCCACCAAAGCCGCCUACCCGGAUAGUCGCAUGGCGCCGCGGUCCGACCCGUUCGUCGCACAAGAGUACCACGCGGGCCAACCAUCCCCAUUGUCCGGCAUGGACCGUCGCAGCGACCACUACCCGCCAGCCCUGAUGCAUCCCCAGUCGCCCUACGGCCAUCCCAUGGCCUACGCCGGUGACCCGGAACAGAUCUCGCCGCAGAUGCUGACGCAUCCCCAUCAAGCCAAUUUCGGCAUCAUGGGCGACCCGAUCGAUCCGAAAACCAAGCGUCGCCGCGGCAACCUCCCCAAACCUGUCACUGAUAUCCUGCGCGCCUGGUUCCAUGAGCAUUUGGAUCAUCCGUAUCCCAGUGAGGAGGAUAAGCAGAUGUUCAUGACCCGGACCGGUCUAUCUAUCAGCCAGAUCAGCAAUUGGUUUAUCAAUGCGCGCCGAAGACAGUUGCCCGCUCUACGGAAUCAAAUGCGCAGUGGCGGCACUGACUCCGAGUCUGGACGGCACUCUCCCUUUAGCGAUGUCGACCAGGGCUCCGAGUCUCUCUCGCACCCAUAG